GAAGCGAAAUUUUAGAAUAAUGAAGUCCCGAAACAAAUAUAAUAUCAAGUGAACACAAAUAAUCCGCCAAAAUGGCGUACCUCGCUCUUCUUUGGAAAGCGCGAACUAUAGAAAAAUACAGACUGAAAUAUGAAAAGGAGAAAAUGAAUUCGAUAAAUUCCAAGACAGAAUUACGGAGCAGUUUAUAUCAAAAAUGGACUGUGUACCGUAAUGAGUCGCAGAAGAAAUUCGAACAAGUUUACAGAAGCUUGUGCCCUGAGGGUUCGAGACUUGCGAAUUCGUGCAUUUGUCUGAAGGAAAAUUCAAGUUUUGUCUUAAAAAUUGUGAUUGGUAUCGUCGGGGGAAUUUUGACAUAUUUUCUUUACACUGUCUUCGUUUGUCAGUUGUCUGUUUGGAGUGUUUUGGGUUGGGCUAUUGGCUUGGCAAUAACUUUGGGCGUCGUUUUUAGUUCCACAGUCAGAUGCUUGUUUCUCCUGCUAAUACCUGGUCUCUUCUCACGUGUCGGCCGGUACACCCUGGCCUGCUACGCCUUGGUUCUCAUCCUCACUGGACCAGCCGCCAACACUUUGAAGAACCUGGAUACCCUCUCUGCUUCCUUGGCUUGUGGGCAGGAACAUAUAAAAACCAGUGUCAAAGAGAUCAAGGAAACCAAGGAAAGUCCGUUGAAUCUGGUCCAAGCAACGAUGAGCGGGACCAUAGAGAAGAUCGAAUAUUUGGCGGUGAACAUGAAGAGUUUGAUGGUGAGGAUACAUCGCCUGACCAUGAGUAUAGCUCACGUCCUUCAGUCGUCUCUAUCCUGGCUAAAUUCCAUCGAACUGAUCUGCAACGAAAAACUAGGCACACCAUACGAGCACUGCACCAAAAUCCUCGCCCAAGGCACGGAAGAUUGUGAUAAAGAGUUCCCGAUACUGUCAAACCAGUGGGAUUGGGAGCUGAUAGUGAACUCUGUGUGUUUUAAUCUGAGGCAACAAGAGCCGAUUUGCGUGGUUGGAGAUUUUGCGAAGGGAAGCAUUGUGGCUACUGUUAAAAAAAAACUAAGCACAUACUCAACCCGCCUGCAAUCCCUGCUCUCCGUCGACAUUCACAUCCGCCGCUCCCACUCUUGCUGCAACGGCAGCCAGCCCGUCAGCCAAGCGGCCGCCGGCGUCAUCACCGACCUGCGCAACCGCGCUGACACGCUGCUGGCCUGGCUGUCUUGGACCUACGCUCUUACUGGCUUGUUCCUGAUGCUCCUUUUACUUAGAGCAAAGUACUACCUGCUCAUGUUCAGGACUCGAUCUCGAUUUGACAACCGCUACGUGACAAAAGAGCUUCGAGAGCUGGACCUGAGGAGACAGAGGCAAGGCAGAGAGACAGUCCUGCCUCUGAAUACUAGAGAGAGGGCUAAAUACGUUGCGACGUCGUCUAUCCGCCUGCUCCCUUCAGAGAGGAUGUACCUGGCCAGAUCCAUCGUGUUCAUGGUGAUCACGACCCUAAAACUGAUGAUACACAUGGUGGCCGACUACAGCCUUUAUUGGGUGUUGAUGAAUGUACGGUUCCUUGGCAGUGAGCAGACCUUUCAACCUACCAAUCGCACAGAGAGAAUCUUAGUGUUAGGCUCGGGUCCUCUGGCGGCGUCGGUCCGCGUGGUGCUGGAGGCGCUGAGUGUGCCCCUUAUACUGCCCGCGACAUCCACGGCGGACUGCCUGCCCGACCCGCACCCGCCGGACUUGCAGCGAUACGCGCAGAUUGGAACCCUCAUUAUGCUGAUGUGGCUACUAGCGCUGUUUGAGCCUUAUGGCCUGAGACUGCGACACGUGAUCUCAGGCCACUACGAGCCAGAACGAGCUAAGGCUCGAGCAGUCUGGCUUUACUAUCACAUUAUUAGGACGAGAAGCAGUUUCCUGAAAUACGCUAGAAGGAAACUACACAGACAAUUCAAAUACAUGUCGGAGGAGAAAUACACAUUUAAAAAUUUGCUAAAUAAUUGUAUACCAUACCAGUGGCUACGGACUUUGCUAGGAGUGGGACCAGCCGAGCCGCAUUGCUUGCUGUGCUGUACGAAACACCGUCAUGAAGAUCUCGAUCGGCAUCUGAAAAGAUGUGAAACGCCCUCGUGCCCCGGAGUGUACUGCGCCCGGUGCUUCAUAGACAUCGGUCAGCUCUGCACGAUCUGCUACUCGCCCGAAGACUACGGCGACCUUAGCGAUGUCAGCCUGGAAAAGUUUGCCUCUGAUGACAAUAGAACUGACGGUUCUGAUUCUGACGGUGAUGAUAAUAUACCUCUCAUGGGAACGCAAGAUUAUGAAAUAAAUGAAGAUGAAAAAGGCACAUCGAAUAAUCGUAAUAAGAAAAGCAAUAGUAGCGUGUUUUUGUAUUCAAGAUAUAGAAGUGGUAAUCAAGAAUCAAUACCGCUCUUAGAUUGUGAUUUUUUGAACAAAGAUUACGCUCAACAAGGAAUGAUUGAAUUGAAAUGUAAUAAUACUUUUAGUCUACAUAAAGUUGAUGGAGAUUUUCCGAUCAAGAGCGAAGCCGUAUUCAAACUUAAUAAGAUUGAUAUGACAGAUGAAAUAACGGUAGAUAAAAUUCUUCAAAGUAAUGAGGAUAAGGCAAACUUAUCGCCGUUAUACAAAAGUAGAAAAGCUCCAAUAGUUAUUGGAGAUACAGAUGUUACAGUAAACGGCAUAUCAUUUCCCAAACGAAAAUUAGGUGCUAUUUUAAAAAUUAUGAUGCUCCUAACUACAAAGGAUGAGAAUUGUAAUAAAUACAAACGUAACGUUCCAACCAAACACAAACCAUUCGAAUAUCUUGUCAUGGAAAUGUUCCAGCCUUCUGAGCUAUUUCACAGAAUAUCUGUAGCGAGACGUAAUAAAUGCAAUCGGUUUCAUGAUAAAACUAAAGAAAGGAACGAAACCUCGGAAAAGGAAAUUCGAAUUUUGUUUCACCAACCAGGCUUCGCAAGGAAUGCGAAUAGUACGGAAGCCAUACGAAAUACAGAUUUACAGACAGACUUCAACUUUGAAAAAUCCGAACCUAUUUUGAAAUAUAUACAAAGUGCCCAAGAAAGAAAAGAACAUACAUUGACGAAACUGACUAAAAAUUUGUGGUCUACAAGGCGUAAUGUAAAACGCUUCUUGGACAUCAAGAAAUCAAUAACUAACUGUCUUAUAGAAAGAUCAAAGUAUUUUAGAAUAAAUUGUGAUAAGAGGUUCAUUUGCAAGAAACGAAAUCGCAGAAAUAAAAGUGAUAUAGGUUUAGGGCUUAUGUCAAUGGUUAGUAAAUUUUUCAGUAAUAAAUCGGUUGAUAAUGUCAUGGGUGACAUUGAAGAAGACACUUCCAGCGGUUUCGUGGAAGGAAAUAACGCACCAGUCAACAUUAAGACGUCGCUUAAAGAAAAGAAACAAGCAUCGCGCGAUGCGAUGGGUUUUGAAAGUCGUCUAGAAUCCGCGCAGCAGGUGAAUGAAUGUAAAAAUUACUCGCACAAUUUAAGCAAUUCUAGAAAAGAGAAAGCUUUUGUUAUACGGUCUGAAGCAGAUACAAGCGACGAUGAAUGUCCUUCCAAAGAAUCGAACGACGUCAAUGAUAUAGAAAUUAAAAACAACGGUGACCUUAAAAUUAGUGCCGCUCAAACAAGAUGCCAAAAUACCAAAAAACUUGGAUUUUGGGAAAGUCUUCGUGUAAGAAGAAGAAGGACUCAUUCACCACAUUUAUUUUCUAACAAUUUGAAAAACGAACCAUCCCUUUAUAAUGUUUUUACUAAUCAUAAAAGGAGAAAAAAGUGUAGAUUUAAAGAAGAAGAUUUAAAGAACGCUAUAAAAGGAAGCAAUGUUAACGAUAAUACUAGGAGCUACAGAGAAUCUCACAGUCUUGAAAAGGAAGAUUCUUAUAAAAGGAUGGCCAAAUAUGAUUGCGUUAUGGGUCCUGACCCCAAUAUGUCUCCGCAAAAAAAAAAACAAAAGGACUUAGACCAUGAAGUAAAAUCUACAAACAAUGAAGUACAGAUUCAGACGGCUGAACUAAAAUCAACCCCAACGGAGCACCAAAAUAAAAGAAGACAGUAUGAUGUUCGGUCAGCCAGAGAGGUUAUCAUUUUACUUUCAGACAAUAAAAACAUCAACGGUGACACCGAAGGUAAAAUGUUGAACUUUAGUAAAAGGCUGAAGACUAUAUCGCAAAUACCUUGCAACAUUGCAAAAAAACGUCAAGCUGUUGCGUUUUCUGACGGAGUGGGUUUGAACAUGUCAGACACAAAUUGCGUAGAAGUAGAAAAAUUAAUUCAAGUUGAAUCGAAAAAUCAACUAGAAAAAGAGCCACCAUGUCAACACGAAGGCGUUUUCAACUAUAAGUCAGACGAGGAGAUAGAUAGUGAAGAAGAAAAAAUCGUGCAAGCCGGAGCUAUUAAAAAUGUAGGAGGUACACAAUCUUUAGAAACGAGACACUGUAACAUAAAAAUCGUACAACCUUGUGUCCAUGAAUGGAAAGUAAAGCCAAAGAAACGAGAGGAAUGUCAAACUUUUGGAAGUGACGAUGAAGACGAACGUUUAGAAGACUCUUCCCAUAGUAUGGUAAAUAGAUGCUUCCAGGUCAAAAUGAUACAAAUGAAUGUAAAGAAUGGUAGUAAUUCGGAGCAUUCUUUGAGGAACUCUAAAGGAACUCAAGUAAAAAACACCUGCAAAUGUAAUAAUGUCUUAAAGCGUGCCAUUGAAAAUGAAGCUGUAAAAACAUUGCAAGAACGUUGGUCUCGUUGCGAAUCGCCGUGCGAAGGGAGCCAGACGCAAGAGGGUUGUACAGUACUGAAUCAUGUCGAAACGUCGGAAGCAUCGCCAAGCAUGCCGACGUACCAUACUGCUAUACAGAGUUAUGGGACCUCUGAAUGCGCCCCGAAGUACCGUGCCCCAACCAAACCGGUCAAGGGCAAAGUUAUAAAGGAAAUUAGAGAAAUACUUGUCUGGCCAGACGGUGAUGACGUGAUACUAGAAUACACAGAUGAGACUGCGAAACCGAAGAAGAACAGAAAUGAGACUGUAAAAGCCAAUAGAUCGACGUCAACCAUAGCGAAGGCUGUCGCAGAUGUCAGCACUAUCACUUCAGAUUGGUGGAGCCCGUUGUUUGAGAGAAAACCGAUGCGGAGAACAUCUGACAUGGUACUAAUCGAAAAUGCCUGGCAUGAAAAUAGAUAUAAAGGUCCCGCCGCGAAAUGGGAUCCAUUGUUAUAUCGUCACGGAGACCACGAAUUAGGCGACGUUCUUUCAGCGUCUAACUAUUUAUUACAGUCGGAGGAGUACUACAACCAGGUAUAUUACAUGACCGUACUGCCAUCAAGCCAAUCACGUCAUAAGAAAAAUUCCGUAGGCGAAAAGCCAAGUUUCAAAAUGUAUCGCCAGUUGGGAAAAGGCCCUAAGGCACGGAGACUGAAAGAGUGCCACCCGGUCCGUAAAAAACAUUUACAGAUGCAUAGCAGCUCUGUGAACAUUACGCCAAAAUGGCGGCCAGUCGUCACUGAGGAACAAGCUCACGCCCUGAAGCAUUACAAAAGCAUGAGGAACCCCAUGGACAAAAAUAAGAAUCACAGACCCAGAAAAAUGAAACACGAAAGGGAUAAUGAACAUUACCCGAAUUCGCAAACAAACUUGAAUAUAUGGGCGCCCAGUGUUUUUUCGAGCAGCUAUUGAUUUAUUUGUAAAAUGUGAAAGUUUUGUGUCAUUGAAUAAAGUAUCUAGUAAAAACAA